CCAACUUAAAGGGCGCGAAAAUCAAAAGGGCUAAAAUCUAAAGUCGGAAACGUUUCGUCCCCAAAUUGAAAACCUUCUGGGGUUCCAGUGGAUCCUCCAAUCUCUGAAUAGCUGCGAAGAGUUUCUGUACAAAUUCGAUGGAGAGCCGAAAUGGGAAAAGUGAAUUCUUGAUGUUGAUGCUGACGCCUACUCAGAACAAUCUAAGGUCAACGGCGUUGACUGUGCUGAUGAUUGAGGAACAAAGAAGAAGGUCAUAGGACCCAUGUUAACAUGAAGUGGAAUCUUUGGUUGUUAUGAGUGGUCAUGAAAACAUAGCAACCUUGUGAAACACAGGCACUGCGUCGGCAAUCAAAAAACCAAUUCAGCCCCAGUUCAGACUUCAGACCGUUAAGUAAGCACAAUUUCUCCUCUGUGCAGCUCAGUUUUCAAAGUAGAAAUAGGCAAAGAUCAAAAGUCCAAUCAUUUUGUCCAGUCUCUAAGUCAAAAAAUCAUAAAUUAUUUUGGCCAAUGUCUCCACUAAAUGUUCUGCCUUUUAUAUCAUGUUUGUAAGAUGUGAAGAUAGGUUUCUGUUAAAAUGCCUGAAAGAGCAUUUAUGUAUGGUGACAAGACACUAAAGAAGUCUAAAUCUUGCAAUCAGCCUUGCAUGGAACUACAACUUGAUGGAAGUCUAAUAUUGCAUAUAAAGGUUAUUUGUCCAAACUGCAACCUGACCUAAAAGUCAUUGCUUUUGCUCCUACAUAUUUCUGAGAACAAACUCAAAAACUGAAAAAACAUGCAUUGUAAAAGCAAUAGUAACUAAUCCAUGUGAAAUUCAUUUCACUGUACUGAUGGGAGGGAAGCAGUUGUCAGUAGUAUUUAAAUGUCAGUCAUGGUUUCUUAUGGAUAACAUGUUGGUAUGCAAAUGGGUAUUAGAACCAAAACUUUUAGUGCUUUAGGUUCCUCUAGGCUGUUCCUGUUCUUCUUCAGCUUGCUUCUGUCACAGCAUUGUUGUGCUGAAGUACUGUAUGAGAUAAAUCCUUCACACUCUUUAUCAAAGGGACAAACUCUAGUCUCCUCCCCUAGAGGCAUUUUUGAAUUAGGCUUCUUCAGUCCUGAUUCUGCUAGUAAGUAUGUGGGGUUAUGGCACAAGAAUAUAUUUCCACGUAAAGUUGUCUGGGUGGCCAACAGAGAAAAGCCUCUCGCAGUUGCAGAUGAGUUGGCUAGUUUGAGGGUUUGCGGCAAUGGCAAUCUGGAGAUUGUAGAUGGGAAGCAGAAUUCUGUCUCGCCAACCAAUGGUACUAUUAUUCAGGUAUCAUCAUCUAACGCUAGUUCAGUUGUUGCAUCUCUUUCAGACAGUGGAAAUUUUGGUGUCAAAGAUGUAGUGGUGGAUCGAGUAGUAUGGCAGAGCUUUGAUCAUCCUUGUGACACAAUGCUACCAACCCAGCGGCUUGGAUACAAUACUAAAUCUAAAAAGGGCACUUUCUUGACUGCCUGGAAACGUGAGAGUGAUCCAUCUACUGGGACAUAUACAGUUGAAGGCGGACGGGCAACAGAGAUACCAGCACAAGUGAUCAUUUGGAUUAAUCGAUCAACUCCCUUCUGGAGAAGUGGGCCAUGGGAUAAAUCAAAGUUCAUCGGCAUACCAGCUAUGGAUGAUCAAUAUCUUAGUGGAUUUAAUGGAGAUGAAAAUGUAGAACGGGGAACACAGUAUUUCUCUUAUAAAUUAAGCACUCUCGCAGCAUAUCUAGAAAUCUCUUCACAGGGAAUCUUUAAGCUUAUGUAUGCAGGAACUGGUAGGAACUGGUCAGUCUACCUCCAGACACAAAAUAAUCCGUGUGGAAUCUGUGGAGCAUGUGGGCCUUUUGGGGUUUGCAACGCCUCCGAAUAUCCAAUCUGCAAGUGUUUGAAAGGGUUUGUGCCAAAGUCAGAUCAGGAAUGGAGCAAAGGAGACUGGACCGGUGGGUGCGUAAGGAAAACCAAAUUGUUCUGUGAGAGACUAACAAAUAAGAAGUCAGUACCAUUGCAAGGAAAAGAAGAUGAUAGUGAUGAUGUAUUUUGGAAGAUUGUACGGGCGAAAGUACCAGAUUAUCAUCAGUACAUUACAUCUUUGAAUCUUGGGGACGAGUUCAAUGACUGCAAGAUACAGUGCCUAAAUAAUUGUUCAUGCCUGGCUUAUGCACUUGUUAAUAAUAUUGGGUGUUUGGUCUGGUCCAAAAACCUUAUUGAUAUACAGGAAUAUUCCAAGGGGGGAGUUGAUAUUUAUAUUCGCCUUGCACGCAAAGAACUAGGAGAAGAAAAGCCAAUUAAGUUGAUUGCCAGCCUGACAGCUAUUGGUUUAAUAAUUAUCUUGGUUGCCAUAGUGUUGGGUUUUUACAGGUUGCGAGCUAACCAAAAGGAAUCGAUUCCAUCGUCUAGGGACACUCUUCGAGUAUAUAUUGGAAAACAUGACCCAUCAGAGCUAUUGAUCUAUGAUUUUGAUAUUAUAUUAACUGCUACAGACAAUUUCAGCAUUACAAACAAACUCGGGCAAGGAGGUUUUGGUCCUGUUUAUAAGGGUAUACUACAAGAUGGGAAGGAAAUAGCUGUAAAAAGACUAUCUAGUAGCUCAGGACAAGGCAUUGAAGAGUUCAAGAAUGAGAUGCUGUUGAUCUCCAAUCUUCAACAUAAAAAUCUUGUUAGGAUGAUGGGUUGCUGCAUUAAAGAGGAUGAGAAGUUACUUGUUUAUGAGUUCAUGCCAAACAAAAGCUUGGAUACGUUUCUAUUCGAUCCGAUGAGGACAACAGAGCUUUAUUGGGAUAGACGCUUUAAUAUUAUUCAGGGUCUUAUUAGAGGGCUUCUUUAUCUCCAUUAUGAUUCGUAUCUGAAGGUAAUACAUAGAGAUCUGAAAGUCAGCAACAUUCUCCUGGAUGAAAAGAUGAACUCAAAAAUUUCAGAUUUUGGAUUGGCACGCAUAGUUGAAGGAACACAAUGUCUAGAAAAUACUCGGAAGAUUGUGGGAACACAUGGCUAUAUGUCUCCAGAGUAUGCCAUGGGUGGGAUAUUUUCCAAAAAAUCUGAUGUCUACAGCUUCGGGGUAUUGGUAUUGGAGAUUAUUAGCAGCAAGAAGAAUAACAACUUUUUUUUAUAUGACCAACAGCUUGGCUUUCUAGCCUAUGAAAGUUCAAUGCAUGGAACUUGUGGCAUGAAGGCAAGGGAUUGGAGUUGGUGGAUGAAGUAUUGCGUGAUUCAUAUUCCUCAUCAGAAGUACAAGAUACUGAAAUGUGUGCACAUUGAGCUUCUUUGUGUACAAGAUAAUGCUGCGGAUAGGCCAACCACGAAGGAUAUAGCUUUAAUGCUAAGUAGCGAGAAAGAUGGUCCACAACCUAAGAUGCCUUUAUUCAGUAUCCAAAACUCAUUUUUUCAUCCUCAACCGCAGUAUGGACAUACUAAUUCCUCUAUGAAUGAAGCUACCAUUACAGUGAUUGAAGGACGUUAAGUGACAGCAAGUUGUUGCAACAAAAUGCAAUGGCUUUUGGUCAUUCUGAAGGUUGUCCAUUAACUCCUUUUCUCCUAUGAGAGUAUACGGAGGUUCCCAGAAGUAGAUACUGGUGUGGAACUUGAUUGAAUACUUUACACUGGUAUUGACAUUUUUUUUCCGAUGUUAUAUACAUUAUUCUCCUUAUUUGAGAUUGCAACAAAUCCUCCAGAACUCAGAGAUCCAGGGAAUGUUUGAUUGCAACAAUUCUUACAUAUAACAACCUACAUUUGCUACAUGCCUACAUAUGUAUUGUGAAUUGUUGUGUCACUCUUUGGUUGUAAUA